ACAGCGGUUACGGUGUGCAUUGUCCCAUACGUUUGGCACACACUUCGACAGAGCAGGUCGGCUGAGUGAGCUCUCGAGCGGGAUCUGCGGCUUCGGUGGUAGCCUGGUGCUCGGUGUCCGAAAGUGCAUUGGAAAGUCUGAAGUGUUCGGAUUAGUCGGAGCGUUAAGAUCGAACUCCGCUUAAUCCGUUCCGCUCCAAGAGCCACAAUGCUAGAAGACAAUCAGAUCCGUUCAAAGCCUCCGAAGCCUCCCGGAGGAGUUGGUAACGGUGAAGCAACGAUCAAAGAGAAGAAGGGAAUCACUCGGAGAAUUCUCAAGCUUUUCAAGGUAAAUUCACAUCUUUCCACUAUCUCAUCGAUUCCAUCUUCAUCGACGAUGGAACCCCCUGUUUUUGCGCCAACAUUGAACACGGAUAAAAGACUUUUCACCGAUAUAUACCUAGUUGGAGAUCGAACUCUCGGAGUCGGUAUCAAUGGGAAGGUUCUCGAGUGUACCCAUAAAGUCACCAAACAAGUCUAUGCCUUGAAGGUGUUGAAAGAUAGUCCAAAGGCCAGACGAGAAGUUGAACUCCACCAGCGAUCCUCGAGCUGUCCAUACAUCGUCCGAAUCCAUGAGGUGUACGAGAACAUGUUCGCAGGGCACAAUUGUCUUUUGAUUGUCAUGGAAGUUAUGCGAGGUGGAGAACUUUUCAUGCACAUUCAAAAUCGCGGGGAAAACGCAUUCACGGAGCGGGAAGCUGCCGAAGUAAUGCAUCAAAUAUGCCAGGCCCUGGCCUUCCUCCAUCGGAUGAACAUUGCGCACCGAGACCUCAAACCAGAAAAUCUUCUCUACACAUCGGAGGUCGGGGGUACGCUCAAAUUGACAGACUUCGGUUUCGCCAAAGAAGUCGGACACGCCAAAAAGGAACUGCAGACACCAUGCUAUACGCCUUACUAUGUCGCACCGGAGGUCCUCGGUCCGGAGAAAUACGACAUGUCCUGUGAUAUGUGGUCCUUAGGAGUUAUAAUGUACAUUCUACUUUGCGGAUUCCCACCUUUCUACUCCAAUCAUGGACUCGCCAUGAGCCCCGGAAUGAAGAAGCGGAUACGAGCCGGUGAAUAUGAAUUCCCGAAUCCUGAAUGGGCCAACGUAUCGAAAGAGGCUAAAGAUAUCAUUCGAGGGCUCUUGCACACGGAUCCGGCAAAGAGGAUGGAUAUCGAGACCUUGUUGGGCCACAGCUGGAUCGCUCAAUGCCACCAAGUUCCGCAGACGCCUCUGAUGUCCGUUCAAGUCCUGCGGGAGGAGAACGCGCAGUGGGGAGAUGUACAAGUCGAAAUGACCAAUGCUUUGGCUACGAUGCGGGUCGAUUAUGAUAAUCCUACGCAGCUCAAGUCUUUGAAAGAAACAAACAACAAACUGUUACAAAAGAGGAAUGGCCUCAAAUGAAGCUGCUGUCGGCAUCUAGUGUUUCCCAAACAAAUUCCAGAAUACAAAUCGAAUUUUUCAUGUAAAAUACACUUGAACGAUAUGAGAAAGCGAGAAUUACGCGCUCGCUCACAGCUGGUCUCAACCUCAUUUCCGGAUUAUGUAGGGUCCGCCUACAGACUGAGCGGCUGGACGUUCUAUCGUUUCGGACGAAAUACUUAAGAGCGUGUCAUAUACGUCCAGAUUCUCGCAUAAAGCUCAUUGUCCGUAUAGUAAGUCGUGUUUUCUAGCAGAGGGCUAGUACUACAUGUCGGCCAUAAGCGUAGUCGCUGCUUUGUCCACGCUUUCGGAUGGAAUCACCUACACGGAAUAUUGCCCGACUCCGACGUCGCCCGAGGCGGAGAAAGCAGUUUCUCCGCGGAUUCCGACAUCCUCCUUAUCGGUCCGAGCGAGUCCUCCUCACAUAGAUAUCGAGCACGGACGAAGUUCCUGGAACUACCCACAUGUUAGCAGCAUGGAAAUGUGAAUAAAAAUCAACGUACACA